AUGGCCAAAAUCAAAUCUCGAUGCCAACAGGAGGAAGGCAACGGAUACUUCUCAGUGAGGAACCUAAAAGUCAGAGUCAGUGUGGCGAUGGUAAGCACGUAUGUUACCGAUUACGCCCCCAGGUACAAAGUCCUUAUGACUUUUGUGAUCUCUACAAUGCACUGUAUCAUUGGCAUCAUUGGCAAUGGUUUCAUCACAGUCAUCUAUGGGACUGAAUGGGUCAGGAGCAAAAGAUUCCCCACUGGUGACCACCUUAUGUUGAUGCUGAGUUUCUCCAGGCUCUUGCUACUGAUCUGGAUAAUGGUAGAGAUUACUUGCAGUCUGUUCUUCAGGAUCAUUUAUAGCCAAAGUGGCAUGUAUAAAUUCUUCAAAGCUGCCACUGUGUUUCUGAGCUACUGUAACCUCUGGUUUGCUGCCUGGCUCAACGUCUUCUACUGUCUGAAAAUUGCAAACUUCACUAACCCUCUGUUCCUCGUGAUGAAGCGGAAAAUCAUAGGGCUGAUGCCUCAGCUUAUGAGUCUCUCAGUGUUGGUUUCUGCCAGCUUGAGCUCCUUCUUCUCUAAACACAUCUUCAACGUGUACGUGAACAACUCUGUUGCCAUCCCUUCCCUUAACUCCACAAAGAGGCAGUACUUCUCUGAGACCAAUGUGCUGGGCCUGGCGUUUUUAUAUUAUGUGGGGAUCUUCAUUCCCUUGUUCAUGUUCAUCAUGGCAGGCACUCUGCUGAUUGCCUCACUCAAGAGGCACACCCUACACAUGGAAAACAGCGCCGCGGGCUCCAGGGACUCCAGCAUGGAGGCCCACUUGGGUGCCAUCAAGUCAACCAGCUACUCUCUCGUUCUCUACAUUAUCAAUGCACUGGCUCUAUUUAUCUCCAUGUCAAGUAUCUUCGAUGCCUACAGUCUCUGGAAUAGCCUGUGCAACUUUAUCAUGACUGCCUACCCAGCUGGCCAGGCAGUCCAUCUAAUCUUGAGAAACCCCGGGCUGAGAAGAGCCUGGAGGCGGUUUCAGCACCAAGUCCAUCUUUACUUUAAAAGGUAG